AUGCCCGGGCUAAGUACUAGCAUUGUGGUAUAUCGUCUGCCCAUAAAAGAAAUUUGUAAGCCAGUUCAGCAAAAGCUCAAGAGGAUGAGACCUGAUGUUGUGCUAAAAAUAAAAGAAGAAGUCAAGAGGCAGUUCAAUGUUGGAUUCUUACAAGAGAUCAAAUAUUCAGAUUGGGUAGCAAACAUCAUCCCCGUUCCCAAGAAAGAUGGAAAGGUACGAAUGUGCAUGGAUUACAGGGACUUGAACAAGGCUAGUCCAAAGGACAAUUUUUCGUUUCCUCACAUUGAUACUUUGGAGGUCGAAGUCUAUGUUGAUGAUAUGAUUGCAAAGUCUAGAACUGAAGAAGAGCAUGUUCAAGUCUUAAAAAGAUUACUUUUGAGAUUGAGGAAAUUUCAGCUCAAGCUUAACCCAGCAAAAUGCACAUUUGGAGCUAGAUCAGGGAAGUUAUUAGGCUUCAUAGUUAGCAAAAAGGGGAUUGAGGUUGACCCAGACAAAGUGAAGGCAAUCCGAGAUCUACCUCCUCCACGCACUCAGAAAGAAGUUCGAAGUUUCCUAGGAAGAUUGAAUUACAUUGCCUGA